AUGAGGAUAGACUCAAAGUACACCCUCAGUCCGACUCGUCAUCAUUCAAUAUCUUCCAGGGCUUCCGUCGACUCUGGCCACAAGAAAUUCAUUCCCUCCAUACAAACGACCGAAAAAUUCACCAGCAAAUGGCCGCGACCACGAUCUCUGAAAGCUUUGAAUAUCAAUCGUUCUGCUAAGGGUUGGAGAAAUCGGAACGGAGCCAUUCAAGAAACCAUUUUGGAACUGGAAGAGGGUUAUAGUCUGGGUCUGGACAAGAUAGACAGGUGGACAAGGUCUAAAUGGUGUUUGAUGGUCUCUGUAAUAACUGUUCUUUGCUAUGGGUCUGGCGCAAUGAUUUGUGCGAUAUUAACCUGGUUCAGAACUUGGAAUCAUGCGGAUGUCAUGUACGUUGCUGAUAACGAUAUCCUCAUACUCAUAACUCUGGCCGGUUCGAUCCUCAUGUUCACUGCACUCCUUGGUUUAACGGGGACGUUACUCAAUUCUCGGCCAAUUCUCGCGACAUAUACCCUUCUCCUUUGGCCUGCGCUGAUAUCGAUGCUCGCCGUUGGAUAUACCAGCUAUAAACGUUAUGCCUUCUCUCUGGAUCGGAAACUUAACUUUUCUUGGAGCCAAUACUACACUCCCCUCGGCCGCCUGAUGAUUCAGAGCUCUCUUCGAUGCUGUGGCUUCUAUGAUCCAUUACAUGAAGCUACCACGAGCAACAAAUGCUAUACACGCACACCUCUUCCAGGGUGCAAAGCAAAAUUGUAUCGCUUUGAGCGAGAAAAUCUGUCGUUAAUUUGGUCAACAACAUUUUCUGUCAUCUCGUUGCACCUCAUCAAUAUAUUCGUUGCACUGCUGUGUUCAAAUCACGUCACGAGCGUUUUUGGGAAGGGCAUAACCCCAAAGCAAUAUCGACUGAGCGAACUGGAUCUCAAAGCGGAUGCAGAAAAAAUCAGGUCGCGAAUAGAACGGAUCAGACCCACUUAUUCUCGGGCAUCUUCGAGUACGGUGUUCAGAGAAGAUCGCGAGGAGAGGACUUCACUCUUGAGAGAUUCUUCUCACUAA